AUGAGCAAGAUUGGCGGCCUUCUGCGGCGAGCCUUCGGAGCAGCGCGUGAACACGUCGGGACAGACCACUUUGGGAAUAAAUAUUACUUUAUCCCCGAACAGAAGUCGUGGACAGGGAGGCACAUCCGUGCCAAGCGGAUGAUGGAGCCAGCCAAUCCUGCAGAGCAUGAGUAUAUGGAGGGCAACAUUCCGAUGGAGUGGGAAGCCUGGAUCCGAGGCAGACGGAAGAAGCCUCCCUCCGUCGAGGAGCUGAUGGGGAAUGAGUCGCAGAGGGAGCAGAUCAAGCUGAAGGCCAAGGAGGUAGAGGAGAAGGAUCUGGCCCUACAGGCUAAAGAGUACGAGGAAGGUCUGGUGGCGGCUCCGGCAAGGACUGUGGCCAAGGGCCACGCAUCGGCCACCGCCUUUGGCAAGGAGGAGCUGAGUGAGGAGCCAACCAGCACGGCAAACAAGUUCCAGCCCGGUUCCUGGAUGCCAACCUCAAAGAAAUAGUUUGAGGCCUCUACAGAGACAGAGACAUGUGCUGCAAUAUAAUAUAAUAUACAACCUUAGGAAUAAAAAAAAACGUUUUUUAAAUACUCUGUUUGGGAUUGAUACCACACACCCUUCUCGGCACAAAGCAAUCCGAGUCAGAAAUAUCAUAUUUUGUUCAGAACAUUACUGACUUUAACUAAAUGUGCAGUGAUGGGUUUAUAUGUCGAAAGAAGACCUGAAAUAAAUGGGUGUGACUUUACUUUAAUGGGUACAACUAUUUAACUAUGUGUGGAAGUCAUUCAAUCAAACUUUGUUUAUAGAGCACUUUUCAUACAGUCAGAUGUGACAAAGUGCUUUGCAGACGUUACAAGCAGAAAGACAUAAAUAAAACGAGCUAAUCAAAGUGCAAUUACAUCCUUACAUGGAUUAAUUUGAUUCUGAAACGAUGGUCUCCACAUUAACAGAUGUUAGAAUAAUAUUUAAUUGUAAUGUUAUUUCCUGUCACUUCCUUCAUCCUGGGCAAACUGCUGUACAAAUUCAAGCAAAUCCAUGUUUAAAACAACUUCAUGAACUAAGAUGUUUCAGGUGGGGCUGUGCGUGUUGUAUAUUUUAAUGACUGUUUGCUAAAAAAAGAAACAUGAGCACACUUAAACCAGCAGCUCAGUCAUAGAAACAAUAUCUACGUAUGGAGCCUCUAAAGGUUUAUGGUUAUGCAUGUCUGUGGUUUCCAGAUUAGCAAUAAGAUGGCGAUAGCUGGAAUCUGAUGUGGUAGGUGUACAGAAAGCUAAAUUUACUCUGGCUACGUGUAUCUUUUAAAAAUUAGUAAUUUAACAAGUUCUGUGGUUGGAGCAAAUCGUUUUAAAUUGUAAAUCACCUUUUUCAUUUUCUUCAGAAAACAGGACAAGAAAAACAGUUUCCAAAUACAAUUUUUUUUUUCUUUAAACUGUUUUUCUUUUCUAGAUUUCAUUUUGUUUUUUUUUAAUCAAGUAACAACCUUUCUACUGUUCUAGAGUUGACAGGAAGUCUGGGCUUUGAUUAGGCCGUCUUUCCCCAGUCAUUCUGUGGUAGAUUCUGUAGUGCUGUGUGAAGACCUUCUGCUGUAAGACACUUGACAUUUUCUCCAACUUUUAAAUAAUUAGAUUUAUGGUUAAAGUGCACCGUAGAUGCAAGCAUCUCCACUUGAAUUAAGGUUUAACGGACAUUUCUGCAGACGUUUUCCGUUUUCUUUUAUUUUAUUUUUCAGAGAUGACACAGGUCCCUCUUAUUUUAUGUUUGUGAAAACCUGAGUAAUCAGCAAAGCCUAAACAUCUAUUUUUAUAAGAUAAGUUAUGUUUAAUUUAUCAAAUAUAAUUAUAUUUGUUUUGUGUUUCUGGAUUUUGCUCGUUUUAAACUGUCUAAGAUGUUGUUUAAUAGCCCACAAUGUAUUAUGUCUUGUGGGCUCCUUGGGGGGGAGGACAGAAAUGACAAAUUCCAACAAAAUGAAAGUAUUUUAUAUAAAUACAAGAAAUAACUUAUUAAACAUAUUUGUGCAAACAACAAA